AUGGCGGCGCCGGCGCCGGAGCUAAUGGACGACGUCGUGGAAGAGAUCCUCCUCCGUCUCCCGCUGGACGAUCCCUCGUGCGCCGCCCGCGCGUCCGCCGUCUGCAAGCACUGGAGCCACCUCCUCGCCGACGCCGCCCAUGGACUGCCGCCACGGCCGCGCCCUCUUCCGCACAUCUGGUGCGUCUCCGACUCCGGCGACGACGAGCUCACCGUCUGGGAUCCCAUGUCGGGCGACGUGCAGCGGCUGCGCUCGCCUGCUGACACCCUUGCCUUGCGCACCAACAUCGAAGCCAGUGCGGUGCUGUGCGCCGUGUCCGGCUGCGACCACGGCGGCUGCCAUGGCGGCCCCUUCGCCGUGGCCUUCGUCGCCAACUAUGUCAUGGAGGGGGAGGAGGAGGAGAUCACGUCGCCGACGUCGGCAUGGCUGUACUCGUCGGAGACCGGAACAUGGAGCGCGCCUUCCACCGUUCGCCACCACAACGCCGAACCCUUCCCCAAGCCCAGCGUCCUCGCCGGCGACGGCGCCGUCUACUUCCUCACCUGGCACGGUAGGAACAUCCUGCGCUACGACCUGCGCAAGCUGGACCUGACGGUGAUCGCCUCGCCGGAGAUAGACGACGACGACUUUGAGAAUCAUCUCCUCAUGACGACGGAGGACGGCGGGAUGGGGCUCGCCCGCUUGGUCUCAGGUCACUCCCUCCAACUCUGGUCGUGGAAGCCGGUGUCGGCGGCGGCGGCGUGGGUGCAGCUCAGGGUGAUCGACCUCGACCUCGUGAUUCCCGGCGACGCCAUGCGACCUCGUCUGUUGGGCUUCGCAGAGGGCACCGACAUGGUGUUCGUGGACACUACGUAUGAUGGUGCCCAGGUUGUCCAGCAGAUUGAGCUCAGCACACUCAAGGUGACGAAGGUGUUGGACGAGUGCUACGCCUCUUGUGUUCUUCCUUACAUGAGCUUCUUUCUCCCAGGUACAUGA